AGGAAAGGGCAGGUCUGCGCCGCGGCUCCCGCUCGCUCCCGCGGCGACUCGUGGUCGGGGCCGCGCGGGAACGACAUGCCUGCGCGCCCUGGCUUGUGACCCGCUCGGGGAUGGACAGCGGCUCCGUGGCGGGCGAGCGGCCUAAGCGCACGCCGGGCCGUCAGCGGCUCCUGCCCUCCGGCUGCAGAGUUCCUGCGCGCCCCGGCAUCUCCCCGGUGCCCGGCGGACGAAGCUGGCUGAGGCCUCGCGGACGGGCCGCCCGCGCGUCCCCGCUGCUGCUCCUCCUGCUCGUGCCCUCCCCGCGCCUGGCCGCCACCGCCCCGCGUAGAACGCUGGCUGAGUGCACGCGCCCGGGGCACGCCGUCCCCGUGGCCGCGCUCGGCGCCGGCAGGAACGCGCAAUGCCGUCUGUCGCUGGGCGCCGGGCGUGUGGCCGCGCUGGCGAGCAGCCGGAGAGAGCUCAGCCUGUCUGCUGGGUGCCCGCAGCUGGAGCACAGAAAGGGGAACUUGCCCUCUUCUGUGAGUCGGAAGCUUUACUUUGACACCCACGCUUUGGUGUGCUUACUUGAAGCAAAUGGGUUUACCACUCAACAAGCGGAAAUCAUUGUGUCUGCGUUGGUCAAGAUCACAGAGACCAACAUGAAUAUCGUCUACAGCGAUACGGUCACCAAGGUGCAGCAGGAAAUCACUCUUCAGCAGAUAAUGUCUAAUAUUGCUAACGUGAAGAAAGAUAUGGUGAUCCUGGAGAAGAGUGAGUUUUCCGCCCUCCGAGCAGAAAAUGAGAAAAUAAAACUUGAACUCCACCAGUUAAAACAGCAAAUGAUGGAUGAAGUACUCAAAGUCCGGACAGACACCAAAUUAAACUUCAAUCUAGAGAAGAGCAGAGUAAAAGAAUUGUACUCACUGAACGAGAAGAAGAUGCUGCAGCUGAGGACAGAAAUGGUGUCCCUGCACGCCCAGCAAGACAGAGCCCUGACCCAGACAGACAGGAAGAUAGAAACCGAGGUGGCUGGCCUCAAGACUUUGCUGGAGGCGCACAAGCUCGACACGAUCAAAUACUUAGCAGGGUCUGUGUUUACGUGCCUAACAGUAGCUCUGGGAUUUUAUCGCCUGUGGAUAUAAUAAAGUGCCUAUUUAAAGAAAUUUCUACCGUUUUGCCUCAAAAGUACAAGAUUGCUGUCCCAUCUACCCCAUCCUACUUUUUGCUUCUUGUUUCAAGUUUUAACCCUAAUUUGACUUCAUGCAUAUUGCUUAUUUCUGUGCAAACCGUGGAUCCGUAACCAAGGUGACGAAGUCGGGAUUUCUGUAAUGCUUCUUCAGCGCUCCCCUCUUUAGUUGACUUUCUGACGAACAGUGUGGACCACGCUUUCAAGACUCCAUUCGACCAAAGCAGUGGACUUGGUCUAAACCUGCAGUAUAUGACAAAAAUAAAUACUGGUGUCGUCCUCGGCUGCUUUAAGUAGUUUGUAAGGUGGAGAACUCGGGAACUCAUUUUGAAGACAAAAUAGCUUUAAAUCUGAAAAAUCCUUGGAGUCCAACCCCGAAUACCAUCUCUUCUCUGCCUCUUCAACAGCCGCUCCACCUUGGCCUAGCUUCCAGCUGCGGGAGCUGCAGCAUCAAGGAAGCUGCGCUGGUGCACCUUAGGGGCCUUUGUUUUCAUUGUCUUAGUAAAAUGCGGUGCUUGUUGUUGCUGCACCUGCAGCUGGGAGUCCUGGUGCCUAACGCUGCUUUGUGAUCUCAGCACAAGGUCUUUCACUGCUGCCAAUCCUGUGUUCGCUAUUUAGCCCAGGCUGGCUUUGAACUCAGUCCCGCAUCAGUGCCGCCACGCCUAGUCUCUGUCUUUCAGACGCCUAGCUUUCCCCCUCUUCAUCCUCUUACUUUCCUUCACCGUGUGGGAGCUCACCACACUCAUGGCGUUACCUCCCUAGAAAAUGUGGAAUUCUUAGAAUGAAAUCCCCGCUUCAGUUUGGGGUUUCGAGUAAACGUCCUUCUGGUUGUCACCUUUUUUUUUUAAUAAAAUGGCACACUGCACUUUCCCCUGUGGGCUGUCUAGAUGGUGUGCACAGCGCCCAGAAUGAGUGAGUGUGCCUGUGACAGCCCGGGCUGUCGCUCGCCCAGGGAGAGCCGCCACGCUUGCCAUGCGCCUCACGCGCAUUGAUUUCUUUGUGGCUGGAGAUGACCUCACAUCCACCUUUCCUCUGUCUUUAAAACAAACAGAACUGGUGCAGCAGGGUUUUUCUGGAGAAGCGCGUUCUCCUCUUAUUUAAGGUGUUGGCACAUGGAUGAGAGUGAGCAUUUGGGAAGCGGCGACACCAAGGGACCCUUCCUGGCUUUCUCUCACGCAGGCAUGAAUGUACAAGCUGGUGCACAGUGUAGAAACCCCUAGAGACAUCACCACUAGAUAUGUGGAAUAAAUCAGCCCUUGUCACAGUUCCAACCACAUUGCUAAAAAUAAAGGCUACCUUUUGUUCCUUGAAUGUAAUUUCCAAGUUUUAGAAAUCAUUAAGUUCUUGCCUCUUCAGAAAACAUUUGUGUAAGAAGAUUCUGAGCCCCACAUAUUAUGGAAACCAAAUGCUUUUGUAUUAGAAGAGUAUCAGGGUGAAACAGAAGUUUAUCCUUUUUAAGUAGAAAAAAAAAGGUCUUAACCACCCAAUAAAACACUUUGUUGAUGUAUGCUCUCCCCUUUUCAAAAAAGAGUCCCCAAAGUCUUUCCGUCCAGUUGUCCCCAUACACUCUGCAGGCCUCCGAGAAUGCUUUCCCACAGUUAGUUAACCACAGCACAGCUUUGGAGAAAGGCCCCGAAGCCCAGAUGCUCGUAUCCUCUCCUAGAGGAAAAAGCACAGUGUGCAGUUGUCUGUUUCCCCGCAUCCUAAUCAGGUAUGCUAAGGAUCACAUCCUGUGUCUACCUAAAGCAUUCCGCAGCCACCUGGUCUCUGCAGGCCAUGCUGAUUUGCUCUAGAGUCCUUUCCCGAACAUUACAGUUUUGUUUGGCCUUAGAAACUGUGCUGUCAUUGAGGGUGUGGGUGUCGUGCAUAUCUGAAACUUAGGAGCAUGCAGGACUAUGCUCCCUUUAUUUCCUAAUAAAGUUGAAAAGCACUGAGCUAUAAAUAACUAUGCAUGUCCUCCUGUCACUGCCUUGGACAUAGUGUGUGGGUGCCAUGAUCACACACUAACUGAACUUUCCUCGCUGAGGCUUCAGAGCCCUUGGGAAAUGUCUGGCAGGUUUCCAGAUGGCAGCCUUGGGUCGAGCCUGUGGGACAUUUAGCUGCUACCGGGGUAGAAGAGUCCGGUGGGCAGCGUGUUUUCCCUUCUUAUUUCUUGAAGUGUUCCUCUGCCUUCCUGCUGGGUACUGUGUUUUCUGUCCCCUCUUCCCCCCCCCCCCCCCCCCCCCCC